CGAGUUUAGCGGCGAAUCGGUUGGAUGGAGAAAAAGCGCGAUUUUAGCGCACAGAAGUGGCAAAGUGAACCUGAACCCGGGCCCCAAGAGCGCGUGGUGCCUCCAUCCUGGUCCGUGCUGCCCGCAGCGACCAGCGGCCAGUGGCCAGCGGCAGUCAGUCUGCGCGGCAGUGCCGGUGAGGACGCACGCUUUUUUGCCGUAUGACGCUAGACAGCACGCGAUCGGUACGUCGCGCGGGAAUGGCUUUACCAAUUAUUUAAUACCUCAACCAACAGUUUCAAAAGACAGUCGAUGUGUGGGCAGUAAUGUGAUAUAGUAUCGUGCGAUGUGUUAGGACGCGACAAUGAAUUGUUUGGUGCUAGUGUUGCUGAUGGUGGGCGUGGGCGAAGGGCUGGGCGGCGGUAGUGGGCCACGGCGCUGUGCCGGUCGUCUGGCGCGCGAACGGCUCAAGGCAGCAGAGAAGAUCCGCGACAAGAGAUUCUUCCUGGUGUGCUGUUCUCCUGCAUGCGCCUCUCAGCAGCGCCGCCCGCGCCCUCUGCGCCCACAGCGCCCCCAGCAAACUACCCGCCGGUACCAGCCAUACCAUAGUACAUGGUUCGGACUUAAAUAUGGCUGCAAUUGUUCCGCGCUGGGGGCGGAGGGCAACGCGUGCGAUAUCCGCACGGGACAGUGCCGCUGCCGACCACACGUCACCGGACGGGCCUGUGACACUUGCGAGGAAGGGUACUGGGGUCUGGAGGUUGGCGGGUGCCGGCGCUGCGAAUGCGGCGCGGGUGCUGCGGCCUGCGAUCCCGCUACGGGGGCAUGUGCAUGUGCGCGUGGCGCCGGCGGCACGCGCUGCGACCACUGCUUACCUGGGUACUACGGCUUCGGACCCGCGGGAUGCUUACCCUGUCCAACGUGUUCGGCGGGCAAGGUGUGCUCGAGCGCAACUUGCGAUAACUGCACACAGACCCUGCUGGAGGACGUGUCCCGGCUGGGCGGCUCGCUGGCCGCGCGCGCAGACCUCACCGAGCUCAGCAGGAUCCCGCAGCCAUUCCCCGCUCUCCGAGAAUUCGCUCACAAUAAACUUUGA